AUGGCUCAUGUUCCUUAUACUAAUGCAGUUGGAAGCUUGAUGUAUGCAAAGAUGUGUACUUGGUCUGAUAUAUGUUAUGUUGUUCGAUUAGUCAACAGAUUUCAAUCUAAUCUAAGACUUGCUCAUUGGAAAGCUGUCAAGAGGAUAUUAAAAUAUCUUAAAUGGACAAUGGAUUAUGUCCUUUAUUAUCAGGGUUCAAAUUUGCGUAUGAUUGGCUAUAGUGAUGCUGUUUGGGGUAGUGACCUAGAUGAACGCAAAUCUACAUCUAGAUAUGUUUUUUUGCUAAAUAAUGGCGCCAUCACUUGGAGUAGUAAGAAACAACCCUAUAUAGCAUUAUCAACUAUGGAAGUUAAGUUUGUAGCAUGUUCAGCAGCUGCUCAGGAAGUAGUUUGGUUGAGGAGGUUCUUUCAAAAUCUUGAGGUUGUCAAGGAUGCCUCAGAUCCCGUUAUGGUACAUUGUGAUAGCAUGACAAUACUUGCCUAUGCUAAAGACUCUGAAUAUCAUGGUAAAACCAAACACAUUGAUAUAUGA